AUGAUUGGAGUCUGGACAAGCCCAGCUGAACCUCUCACUCCAGAGCCCAAGAAGCCCACCCCUGCUGAGGGUUCACUCUGUGUUGGACCAGUGACUGAAUUUAGCAGCAGGGAAAGUGGACUUUUACAGAAUAGCUUGGCCUCUGCUGUGACCUUUAACUCUCCACUACUGAGCGCCAUUGCUUCUAGCAGCAUGGAUAUAGACACAGAAAUGGUGUCAGGAUUAGCUUCCUGGACAGCCAGCUCCUCAUCACAAGUAGAAGUGAGUCCUCCUAAUCUGGUUGCCACCACAGGAGAUGGACCCUCCCUGGGAACAGAACCUCACAAUGCCAUCCACCAGUCUCUGAGCCCAAGAACAGGCUCCUUUCCUGCCUUAAGUACUCCCACAGCCUGCACAAGAACAGCUUCCCUUGAGCCUGCUACUUCAUUGGAGGACCCAGGGCCAGCCGGCCUGACUCCAGAAACUGAGAGAAACCCACAGGCAACACCAACUCCAGCUAUCACCCUGCCUCCAGCCAGCACACAGGAAGUUUGCACAACAGCAUCUCCCAGUCCUCCUGACACAAACACAGAGGGCAGCAGUGUCCAGGCAGGGACAGCCUCUGCUUCUGAUCAAGUGCCUUCCACUUCCAGCCUCUUCCCAAGAGGUGAUGCUGGUGUGGUGCCAGUCACACAUGCCCAAGGCCAUGAUGCACCAGGAAGCACAGUAGCACCAAUAAAGAGCUCCCUCACCCCUGUGUCUACUAUUAUUCCCUCAGGUCCAAAUAUUGUUCCCCCUUUCCUUCGGUCCCCCUCUUGGAGAGAUGCAGGGAGAUACAACUGGAAGAGCUUCACCCUUAACUUCACCAUCACCAACAUGUUUUAUACAACCAAGAUGGCUCAAAGGGAUUCCAGCACAUUCUGUCUCCCUGAAUGUUUCCUGCAGCGCAUGUUCAAGGUAUUGUUUGAAAGAAGCAGCCUUGGCUCUCAGUAUUGUGGAUGCAAUGUGAUCUUCUUGAGGUCUAUGAAAAAUGGGGCAGCAACAGGAGUGGAGGUUAUAUGUUUUUAUGAGGAAGUUUUCUCUGUCCCCGUCUUGGACAAGAAGAAGAUUUACCAAGAGCUGAGUCAAGAGACUAAUGGAAUAACAAGGCUUGGACAUUAUAUUCUAGAUAAGAAAAGCCUCUAUGUGGAUGGGUAUAACCCUCGGAUGAUGCCACCCCCCUACACAAAAGAAUCAGUCUACCACCAUGGGUCCAGAAGAUGGAGGAAAGUCUACCAAAUGAAUGGGCAUCUGUUUCAAUCCAAACGUUUUAACAGAAGAGCCUACUGUGGCCAGUGCAGUGAAAGGAUAUGGUGUCUCGGAAGGCAAGGCUACAAGUGUAUCAAGUGCAAAUUACUGGUCCAUAAAGGUUGUCAUAUUUUUGUACCACGGACCUGCAAAAGGCAUAUGGAUUUGAUGAUGCCAUCCGAAGAACCUCAAGUAGAGGAUAAAAAUGAUAAAGUUGACCUUCCCUCCGAAGAAAAUGAUGGACUCGCUUAUGUUCCCUCAACCUGGAAACACAACAGCCUUAAAGAUGAUUCUGGGGACAUUAAGCCAGUUAUCGAUGGGAUGGAUGGAAUUAAAAUAUCUCAGGGGCUCGGGCUGCAUUGCCACUAAUGGAUAAAUCCAUUACCCUCAAUUGUAUUGUA